AAAGUCUGACUGACUGUAGGUAGAAUUUGCGUUUCAUGUGUAUGUAUAAGUGUUUGUAUGCAUGAGAUUUUGAACGAUUGCAAAAUUGAAAACAAGACCCACCUGAAUUUUUUCAGUCUGAAUAAAACGAUCGAUGUGUAAGCACGAAUUAGAAACAAAAAUAAAGAAAUUAUUUAUUUUAAACUCAAACGAAAUUGAAACUUGUUAAAUUUAUAUAAAAAAAAAUAAGUUGUUUAAAAAAGAAAACGAGCAACAAAAUUGUGUAUAAAACCCUAAAAAGUGUUAAUUAAAAGCAAAAGAUUACGCAAAACGAAGUAAUUAAUAACAUAUUUUGUAAAUUAUUAUUAAAAUAGCAAAAAAUGAUUUUAAAUUUGUUGUAAAAAAAAGAAGAAAUAAAAAAAAAAUCCUUAAGAAAUUUUAACUUAAAAAAAGUUAUUAAAAUAAUAAAAAAAGAAUAUAAAUUUAAAAAUAAAAAUAAAACUUAAACACCAUGGUUGGCACCAUGGAAGUAAAAGAUUUGAAAGGCGCUAAAAUAACACAUGCCGGUCUUUUGAAACACAACACGGAUGGCUCGGUGGAAACACAAAAAAUCACACAUGCCGGCCUAGUGGCACGCAGUCCCGAAGGCACGGCCGCCAAGGGCAUGAAUAUACGCGGCAAUGAAGACUUAUGGGUGGAAAUACAAGCCAAUACAUUUCGCAAUUGGGUAAAUGAACAUUUGCGAUCAACCGGAAUGCAGGUGCAUGACUGGGCUACAGAUUUCUGUGAUGGCACAUGCCUGUGUGCCCUGGUGGAAAGUCUACAGACCCGUCCCCUGAAGCCCUCCUGGAAUCGUCGUCCGGCCAAUCAACAUCAUUAUUUGGAAAAUGCCACCACAGCAUUGAGUGCCAUCGAGAAAGAUCACAUUAAAUUGGUGAAUAUUGGCAAUGUGGACAUUGUCAAUGGCAAUGUUAAGCUGAUAUUGGGUCUCAUCUGGUCCUUGAUUGUGCGCUAUCAAAUCGGUCGCAGUAAGUUCCCGCCACGUAAAUUAAUGUUGGCCUGGCUACAAGCAGCUCUGCCCGAGUGUAAGAUAACAAAUUUAACCACCGACUGGAAUAGUGGUGUAAAUUUGGCUGCCUUAUUGGACUAUUGUAAGCCGGGUUUGUAUCCUCACUGGCGCUCUAUGGCUCCUAGUCAAAGUGUAAGCAAUUGUACACAUGCCAUGAAUUUGGCCCAGAGUGAGUUUGGUGUACCCAAGGUAUUGGAGCCAGAAUAUUUGGCCUCGCCCUGGUUGGAUGAGUUGUCGGGCAUGACGUAUUUGUCUUACUUUAUGAAACCGGGUGGUCCCGGUUACAAUGCUACCAUGAGAUGGGUUAAUACACAAGUUAGGGAACCGGUGAAAAAUUUUACAACCGAUUGGAAUGAUGGCCGUGUAAUGUGUGAAAUUAUUAAGGGCCUGGGUGGCCCUGCUCCUGCACCAGAAAAACUCAGCACCGAUCCUUUCCAUUAUGAGAAUAAUGUACGUAAGGCCAUAGAUGCUGGUGCCAAAUUGGGCAUUCAGCCGGUAUUGACUGCAAAGGAUAUGGCCAAUCCCGAGGUGGAACAUUUGGGCAUAAUGGCUUAUGCUGCCCAUUUACAGUGGGUGCCACCACGUCCGCCGCUUUCGGAUUUGGUUAAUGUGUUUAUGGAAAGUACUUCGGGUAGAGUGGGAGAACAGACCCAUUUCCGCAUAGAUGUUAUGUCGCGGGAAAUUAGCUUGAGCAGCGUUAGAGCCCUGGUGGUAUCACCUUCGGGUAAUGCCCAACAUAUUAAAUUGAAUGCCCAUGGUGAGGGCGUUUAUGUACCUGAUAAGUAUGGCAUGCAUGAAAUUGUGGUGGAUAUUGGAGAUGACAGUUUGGGUGGCCAUUUCUUCCGUGUUUUGCCACGUUUUAUACAAGUAGCACCACCCGGUAUGGCUCCCUGUGCUCUAGGUAGUUUAGUAGAGGUAUUGGUAAAUGCUACUGGUGCUCCCAAGACCGAGGAUAUUCUAGUAACAGCUGUUUCCCCCACGGGCAUAUCCCACAAUUGUCCUUUGAAGAAAGUGGAAGAGGGUCAUAGUGCCAUAUUUAAACCGGAUGAGGCGGGUAUUUGGGAAAUUGCAAUUACCUAUCAGGGACGUCAUAUACAAGGUGGACCCUUUACUUGUGCUGUGUUUGAUGCCUCCGGCGUCUCCGUGCAUGGCCUAGAUGGAGCUAUGCCCUUGAGAGCUCAUUCCUUUGAGGUGGAUGCUCGCGGUGUGGGUGUCAAUGGAGAGCUGCAUGUUGACAUUGUCCAUGACAAAAGGUCGUUGGUGUGUUCGGUGGAGAAAAUCGUUGAUAAUAAAUAUCGUGUCACCUUUAUGCCACGUCAGAAUGGCAAAUAUCGUGUUUAUGUGUAUUUUAAUGGCUACGAUGUCAAGGGUUCACCGUUCAUUAUGCGUGUUGGCACCAAAGGCCGUUCAGGCAAGACACGUAGCAGUCCAUUGCACGACAACAAACAUCGUUCAGAGAGUCCCUCAAUGCACUAUACAGCAACAACGUCCACCAGGCACAAUGAUUAUCGUAAUGCGGCCACAUCAUCACUGUCCCGCAGAGAUUUACUUAAUCACAAUCACAAUACAGCUCAGGCAGCAGCAUCUGGAACAACAAUAUCCACAACAAAUAUUGGCACCAACGAACGUCAACGUUCGUAUUCACCACAAUAUUCACCCAAGCAGGAUACCACGGAUUAUCGCACAAGUUCCAGUUACUAUAAAAGGGAAAGUGAGGAAAAAUUGGCAACAUCACCGCCGCCACCACCGGCACCACAACCACCACCAUUACGUGAACGCGAACGUGAAUACAAUGACUCACCGACUACCAAAUACUUGAACUCGGCUGACUUGUAUAACGUCACUACGUCCAGACGUGACUCGAAAACCUCAAAUGCUUCAUCGUCCAAGAAUGACUACUACUAUGACAAGGAGAAUGAACUGUAUAGUGGACGGAAAAAUGAACGUGAUUUGAAAUUGGCGCCACCACGAGCUGAUCGUGAAGACCUGUACGAAGAACAUAGCCACAGACACUCAUACAGCAAUAACAACAACAAUCAUCAUCAUCAUCAACAGCAGCAGCAACAACAAAUACGCACAAAUACCGCAACACGAGGCUCUGUCUCGUACAGUACGAGAUUGAGUCCCAUAAUGUCCAGUCCCACACAUGAUAUAAGAUCUAGUGAAAUACGUACUCAUAGUCCUCUGACUAUAAAAACUUCGAUACCUUAUGAAACCACAACGCGUACUUUGAGCGCCAGUCCCAGACAUAUGUCGGCCUCGCCGGUACAAAGGUAUUCGCCCAACAGUGCCUACAUAACAACGGCCACACAUCGCAUGAGUCCUAGCUCAACUUUGAAUAAGAAUGGCUUUGAAUCGCGUACGGUGGAGAAAUCUUCAACUUAUAAAACCACUUCGAAUUUUGUCAACGAUUCGAAUAUACGUGCCAGUCCUUCACUUUAUGGCACAGCUGAACGCUUAAGACGCACCGCUUCACCCGAGCCCCGCAUUGAUCAUUCGUCAAACGUGCGUGUCUCUUCGAUUAAGCCCGCUUCGGCUAGACGUGAUAGUUGGGAUGUCAUCAAUAAAACCAAACACAUGUUAUCACACAAUUCACUGGAAUCAUUGGCCAAUAUGACCGAAUCACAAUUGAAUACAGAUCUAAGUUAUGCCCGACCCGAUAUCGAUAAUGAAACACAUCGUAAUACACAAUAUAAUAAAUUCGCCUUAAACGAACAAAAAUAUCACAGUGAUAGAAGAGGUUCUAGGGACUCGGUAGAUGAAAGCGAACGCUACAAACCCAGUGCCAUCACUGUCAAGUCACAAUCGAACAACUCGUACACCGACAAAGCUGGCGGUUUUACACGCACCGUCAAAGAAUCCAGCCAACAGAUUGUUACCGAAAGUUCUUCCAACGCCAAUGCUGCUGGCUAUAGUUCUUUGUCUCGAUUUCGCCCCAUCGAAAGUACUUUGACGGGUGUUACCGGUGCCCGGGCUAUACGCGUCCAGGACAUACCGAAUGGUGCCAUUGGCCGGCCGGUUGAAUUUGAAAUCGAUGGCUCUAAAGCUGGUUCGGGUAAUUUGGAAAUAUUGGUUAAUGGUGGUCGUGUCACAUCGUCGGUGCGCUCAUUGGGCGGCCAACGUUUUGUGGCCAGCUUCACGCCCCAUGAGCCCGGCAUACAUACAGUGCAGAUUACAUUUAAUGGAGAAACGGUACCAGGUUCACCCUGGCACGUUGAAAUCAUGUCGACACCCGGUAUAACUGCAUUGGGCGAAUCGACCCGUUUAGUACCCGCUAAUACACCGGCGGUUUUUGAUAUACUGCCGCCUCCUGGUCAAAGCCUUGCGAAAGGCGAGUGCGUGGCAACAGUUUUGGGUCCUAACAAGACCAAACUGAAUGCCAGAGUCACCCACGAGGCGGCAAACGGUGCCGCACGCAUCGAGUUCGUACCCACCGAGGUUGGUACGCACAUCAUUGAGGCCUCCAUAAACGGUACGAAAAUAUCUGGCGGCCCCUUGAUAGCCAAAGUCUACGAUUCGAGUUUAAUACAAGUCACAGAUGUCAAUGGCGGUGUGGUCGGUCAGCCCUGUCAAUUUCGCGUAGAUGCCAGUGCUGCGGGCGAAGGUCAACUGGAGAUUUCCAUAAAUGAGGGUGAAGUGCCCAAUCAUGUACAGGUCGUAGGUGGUGGACGUUGUUUGGUUUCAUUCACCCCAGAACAGGCCAAACCCCAUUUGAUUGAUAUUAAAUUUAAUGGUGAAACUGUUCGUGGCUGUCCAUUCGUUUGCCAGGUGGCGGACACCUCACGUGUUAUGUUGAAUUUAUCGAAUUUGGAGUUGAUACCGGUGAAUAGGCCAGCUUCGUUUCAUAUCACUGUAAGUGGUGGUGGUGCUGCUGAAUUGGCCGUUAGCGUGCGUGGACCACAUGGUGAGCUACCGGUACGUGUGACCGGGGAUAUACAUGCUGGUUUCACUGCCGAAUUUACACCCACCGCAGUGGGUGGUCAUUCCAUAAAUGUUGAAUACAAUGGUUUCCCCGUGCAGGGCACACCAUUCUUGGCCAAAUCAUAUGAUGCUACUAAAGUAGUGGUGGGUAGUGUGUCGCGUGGUACCGUCGGUCGUCCAGUGCAAUUUACCGUCGAUGCCGGUGAUGCGGGUGAGGGUAAUUUGGAAAUUACCAUUUCGGCCAAGGGUCAAAAUAUACCCACACAAGUACAUCCCCAAGGCAGUGCAAGAUUCUCCGUUUCCUUCGUACCCACUGAGGCUUGUGAACACACUAUAAAUGUGUCGUUUAAUAAAAUGCCUGUACCCGGUUGUCCCAUUACGGUCAUUAUCAGCGGCGGCAUGUCCGGUCCUCAAGUUUCCUUGGGCGGUCCCGGCCCAGUCCAUCAAUCGAAUUCUUUUGUUAUCAAUCACAACGGCGGUCGUUUAGAGGAUAUUGAAGUGAAUGUUGAAGGACCCGCUGGGCAAUCUGUGCCAGCACAGGUUCAUCAGUCUGCAGAGGGUGUCUUCAAGGCAGAAUUCGUGCCCCGUGUAGUGGGUGAGCAUCGUGUACAUGUCACUGUAUGUGGCCUUGCAACGGCUGGCAGUCCUUAUGCGGCCAAGGUUUAUGACGUUGGCGCCAUAAAGGUUAAAAACGUCAGCAACGGUACAGUCGGCAAACCAGUCACCUUCCUGGUGGAGACUUCACAAGCCGGUCCAGGCAACCUAGAAGUGACCGUCAAUGGUGGUCGUGUGCCUACAUCGGCACAGGCUCAAGGCCAACAUACCUACGCCAUAAGUUUUACACCGCGCGAAGCACAAAAUCACACCGUUGAGCUGAGAUUUAAUGGUCAAGAUGUGCCGGGAUCGCCAUUUACUUGUCGGGUUUCGGCUGCAGCACGUAUACAAUCGCCCGAAACGAUGGACAAAGUUAGUGUAGGACGUAUGUUUGAGUUUGUGGUGGAAUCGGAUACCAAACCAACAGUUGAGGUUUUGGGUCCGGCACGACGUAGUGUACCCGUUAAAGUCGAUGACAUACACAUGGGCUAUAAUGUUAAAUUUGAGCCCGUUGAGGUGGGAGAUCAUUCGGUGGAAGUGCGUUUACCGGGUGGCGGUCAUGUGGAAGGUAGUCCUUUCCUUUUGAAAGCCUACUCGGCAGAGAAAGUUGUGGUCACCGAUAUACGUCCUGGUGUGGUGGGUAAGAGUGUGAGUUUUGGCAUUAAUGCCAGCCAAGCAGGAGCUGGUAAUUUGGAAAUAAUUGUGGCUGUCAAUGGCAAAAAUGUGCCCAACUUUGUGCAGUCCGAAGGCAAUGCUCGUUUUAAGGUAAAUUUCAAGCCUACAGAAGCAGCACCUCACUCGCUGUCCGUGCGUUUUAAUGGUCAUCCAGUGCCGGGUUCACCAUUUACCUGCCAAAUAGGUUCGGCUCCGAUUAGUUUACCCAGAGCCAUAGCAUCAGGCGAAGCUUUGAAACAGGCCGCCAUACGUGUGGAUAAUGCUUUUGAUUUGGAUGGCUUUGAGGGUGUGGAGCCACAAGUUUUUGUAACAUCACCUUCGGGCGAUAAUGUUCCCGUAGAUGUACAGGGUAAUGGAGAUUCGUAUACUGGCUCCUUCCGUCCUUCCGUUGUAGGACGUCAUUUGAUCAGUGUUACUGCCUCAGAUCAGCAUAUUAAUGGAUCUCCCUUCUCUUGCAAUGUUUUUGAUGUUUCCCGUGUCACCAUAAGUGGUUUGGAGCAGCAAUAUGGUCCAGCAGCCUUGGGCAUACCCGUUACCUUUAGUGUAGAUGCUGCCGGUGCUGGUGAGGGCACUUUGGAAUUGGUAGUUUCCACCGACACCAGUACUGUUAAAGCUGAAGUUGUGGCCUGUGCUAGAGGUCUGUACGAUGUUACUUUCGUACCCCAGUCCACAGAGUCACACUAUGUUAAUAUCACCUUCAAUGAGGUGCCAGUUGAUGGCAGUCCCUUCCGUGUGGAAAUCCAACAUACAGCCCAAACUAUUCAAAUUGGCAGCUUGGCCAUGAUUGAUUUCCCUUCAGAUGAUCAAAUUGCAGAAAUAAUGGGACCAGAUCACAAGCCAGUGCCCUAUACAAUUAAUCGCCAGACGGCUGAAUUCCGCACUCAUAUGACUGGCAACUAUUUGAUACGUUUUAUUGAUCGUGAGACCAGACAACAUAUUGGCACUAGAACUCUAACCGUUUUCGAUCCUUCUUUGGUUAAGAUUACCGAGGUGGGUGAAGCCUUCUGCCACCGUCCGGCCAGCAUUUCUGUGUCACUUAACGAGGCGGGCCAGGGUGAUUUGUCGGCUAUGGUGAAAUGUGGUGCUACAGAAGUUCCUCACAAUAUUCGAGGACCUUCCAAGAAUGGUAUCUACGAGAUAGUCUAUCAUCCUACCAGAGUAGCUCCCCAUAAAAUCACUAUUCUUUUCAAUGAUGUACCCAUAUCAUUGAAGCCUUUGGAAAUUAAUGUUUUACCAGCUGGUGCUGGCAAGGAGAUCAGUGUCAGCGGCUUGGGCUUGUAUCAGGCUAGGGUGGGCAAGACCACUAAUUUUGCUAUAGACACCAUUAAACGCCCAGCUAGAGAGUUUGAUGUGGUGGUUUCGGGUCCUGGCGGCCAGGCUUUGCCAGUCAGAUGCUAUCAAACUAAGAGUGGUCAUUUGCAGGCUGAAUUCAAUAUUAAUAAACCCGGACAAUGCAUAAUAGAGGUUUUACAUCAGUCCAAACCGCUGCCGGGUAGUCCCUUCACUUGCGAAGCCUUCGACAUUAGCAAGGUAUCCGUGCAGGGAGUUCCCAAGAGUCCAAUGGCUUUGCACAGUCCCAUAUCCUUCUCUGUACGCACUGAAAAUGCCGGUUUGGCUGAAUUAGAAGCUUUUGCUGUUUCGCCCACAAAUCAAAAUGUACCCGUACACAUUAACGAACAGUCGGAGGGUAUACACAGUGUGGAAUUUAUACCCACACAACCAGGAAACUAUAAGCUGACCUUAAUGUAUGGUGGAGAGACACUACCCAAUUCGCCGUACACCUUUACCGCUUCAACAACAGGUGCUAAACAUGAUACCCGUGCCACAGGUAAUGGUCUUGAGGUAUGUCAUCGCAGUAAAGAAGCUUCGUUCAUUGUCUAUUGUCCCGUACAGCCGAAUGUGCAAAUUGAACGCACCGAUGAAUUUGGUGAGCGCAUUGAACCAAAAAUUAAGGCUUUGGGCAAUAAUGAAUGGCGUAUUUCGUAUACCAUACUGUCGGUGGGACGUUAUGAGAUUCGCGCCAGUUGCCCCAAUAGAGGUAAUCUACCCGGCUCUCCUUGGCACAUAUCCUGUGUGGAGUCUUCUAAGGUUACGCCUGUAGGCGGUUGGGGUACUUUGUUGGAUCAUGAGGGCCGUUUAAUUCUACCAGCCCGUAUUGUGUUCGAUGUGGAAAAUGCCGGUCCCGGAGAACUGAACUGUACUAUUGAUGGCAUAGAAAUUCCUGUGGACAAACUGCCCGAUGGUAAAUUGCGUUUGUUUAUAAGUGGUGAAAAUUUGGCUCCUGGUGAACAUGAUUUAGAUUUAACAUGGAGCAGUUUGACCAUAGUUCAAUGUCCACGCAGUGCUUUUGUUACCGGUCAACAGGCUGCCGAUAAGGUGGUACUGACAGGUCGUGGUUUGGCUGCCGCCCAGGCUGGAGAAGCAGCUCACUUUACCAUAGAUGCCUCAGAUGCUCCCGCUGGCAGGCCAGAAGUUAUUUUGGUACAUCAAGACAAUACCUCGGUACCAGUCAGUUUGGCCCAACCUCGACCGAACGAAGCCAUAUGGUUGGCUUCUUAUACACCACAAAAAUCUUCUUCGGGUACUUUGACAUUGUCGGUUAAAUGGAAUGGACGUUUGGUUAAGGGUUGUCCUCUUACCGUGGCCGUGGGCUCUUCAAUGGAUGCUUCCAAAGUUAUUUGCUCUGGUGAAGGUUUGCGUCAUGGCAUUGUUGGUAAAGAUAUUAAAUCUUGGAUUGAUACCAGACGUGCUGGUCCUGGAGAGUUAACCGCCCAUUGUGCUGGUCCACGUAAGGUGGCAUAUUGUGAAUUAUAUGAUCAUGGUGAUGCAACAUUCACACUGAAUAUUAAACCGCAAGAACCAGGACGUCACUUACUUACUAUUAAAUAUGGAGGACAAAAUGUUCCGGGCUCACCGUUUGCUUUGAAAGUCGCAGGAGCUCCAGAUGCUAGUAAGGUACGAGUUUAUGGUCCUGGCAUAGAACAUGGAGUUUUGGCUACAUUCCAAUCCCGCUUUAUUUGCGAUACCCGUGGUGCUGGCGCUGGCCAACUAACCGUACGUGUAAGAGGCCCUAAGGGUGCUUUCCGCGUGGAAAUGCAACGUGAAUCGCAAAAGGAUAGAACGAUUCUUUGCAAGUUUGAUCCCACUGAGCCUGGUGACUAUAGAGUUGAGGUGAAAUGGGCUGGAGAAUUUGUGCCCGGUUCACCAUUCCCCGUCAUGAUCUUCGAUACCGAGGAGGAGUUGCGAAGGUUUUUGCAGGGCAUAUGAGACCAAAGUAGCAUUAGCACCAUAAUAUUGCCAAGCCAUGCCCUCAGUCCAACACACAUGCAACAACAGCAUCUUCAUCAUCAGCAUCAUCAUCAACAACAGCAACAACAUCAGCAGCAUUUAGCCCACCAGCCAACAGCAACAACAACAAUCAUGCCACUAUUUUCUCAUCAUCAACAAGGAACACUUUUACGUCUGUCACCGCUCUACAUAAACAGGAGCAGCGGUCUGGGAAGCGGUCUGGGUUGCACUCACACUAGCAGUCGUACCCCCAGCCAUCAGUAUAUAAGUAAUCCAGAAUUGACCUUUGACAUUGGUUCACGUACAUGUUUGAGUCGUCGUUGUAGACAAGAAUCAACAUGUUGUAUACUUUGACAUUACUCCUUCUUUAAGAUUUACUUACUGACUUUCAAUUGUUAUUGUUUAAUUUAUUAUUUUUUGUACUUACCAUUUACACGAAUUAUUGUUUUUUGCUUUCUAACAACGAAUUCUGAAAACAAUUUUGGAAAUUUUAUAAACAACAUAUCUGAAAUAUCUUUUAAUUAAAAGAUAAACUUCACAAACAAACGAUGCAAUAAUUUUACUCUUUUUUUAAAUUUAAUGCUUUAAUUUUUACAAAAAAAAAAGAAUAUAAAAUACGAAAUUAUAAGUUUACAAUUAAUUUAAGUUAUAAUUUCCAUAUAUUAUCUUUUUAUACAUAAUUAACAUUGUAACUAACUUUAGUGCCUAGUAAAAAUAAUCUAAUGAAAUUAUAUUUUUUGGAUAUACAUAUGUAUAUUAUUGUACUUGUAGUAACAAUAAUUUAGGAAAUUAUAUUUGUUUUUCAAUAGUAUUUUUUUGCGAGAAGUGCACAGAAUAUCUGCACUUGCGUUGCAGAUAAAUUUAACAAUUCAUAAUAAAACAAAAUAUUUUAUAAAA